CGGGAGCGGCGGGAGACUUGCCCCUCGUUGCCUCAGCGGGCGGCCGGCCGGCCGGCGAUCGGGCGGGAGCUUUCGCUUCCUUUCCUUCGCGUUGGCCCUCCGCUCUGACGGCUGGCCUGGGAGGGGGAUGCCGCCUUCCUCCAAUCACAGCCCAGGUUCCCAGCCAAUAGGCCCCCCGCGUGGGUAUCGGUUGCCAUGGAGACAGCGGCGGUUGGCGGGAACUUUGCCAGCGGCGAAGAGCGCCUGAGGGGAAAAAGCUGAGGCGGCGGCCGAGCUUCGCCGCCAUGCCCCUGGACGGCCUCAAGCCGCCCGUGCACGAGCAGAUCUUGCAGCUGCAGAACAAGAUCCAGCUCUUCGAAGGUGACCGGAAAGCCUUUUACGAGAACUCCCAAUGGAACAUCAAGAAGAACAGGGAGACAAUAUUGCGACUGAGGCAGGAGAAUAAGAAACUGCGUCAGAAGCUGGCAGAUCUCCUAGCGGGAGAGGAGAAAAUCAUCAAGGUUGCAUUCCAAGAGCAUCCCUGUGAACAAGGAUCUGUGAGACAUAAAAGCGCAGAGGGUGCCAUUCAGGUCAUCUCCCAUCGGCUGUGUGAGAAAAUCAAUCAGUUAAAUAACGUGAAGCAUCAGGUGGAAGUGAGGAAGCGUAGACUGGAAGAGCUGCAGCUCCAUUACAGCACAAGCGCACAAGAAGUCCAUGAUUUCCAAGAACUGGAAGAAGGGAACGUUGAAGCAGCCAAGACUCUGCGUAUGCUGGAGAACCGCCUUGAAAAGACACGGUUCAAGACUGAGGAGGCAGAACGAAUCACCGGCAUGUACCAGAAGUUGAAAACACACUUGCAGGAAGAAAACCUGCAUUUCCAGAACAAACUCGAUGUCCUGGAAGCGGAGAUCUCCUGCCUGUGCCAUGAACUCGGGGAUCUGCAGAGUGUGAACACCGAUGCCCAACAUGCUCGUGAUACCGCUAGGGAUCAGCUCCUGACCCAAGAGGAAACCAUUUACCGAGAACGGAAGGCCCGUGAGAAGAAACUGAAGGAACUAAAGAAGCUGACAGAGGAAAAGAGAGUCCAGAAUGAGCGAGCCGAAAGACGGCAUUCACAGAAAGAUCCUGCCACAUUCAGGACUGAAGAGCUUCUCAGAGAACCCCAGUACACGAAAGCAGCCAUCCUGAAAACCAAGCAAGCCAUGUUCACUGCACUGGAGGCCUUUGAGAAGAUCCGAUCAGCCACUGGGGUCACUGACUCAGAUACAGUUGUGGCCCGCUUUGUGGCCCAGGAAAAGACCUUCCAACAGCUGGAGGAAAUGAGGACUGAGAAGGAAGAGGCGCGGAUACACCUGCAGGAGGAGAAAGAGGCACUGCAGCUGAAAUUCCAGAACCUCAAGUACUCUGGAGAGACCCGGCUGAUCAGAACCCAGAACCUGCUGAAAGAGCUUCAGGGCCACCAGCAGGAAGAAGAGGCGAGGUGCAAGACAACCAAGGCCGAGCUGGAUAAUGUGACCCAGCUUCUGCUCAAUGCCAAGGUGGGAGUGGAGCAUUUGGCCUCCAAGGUGCAGCACAUCAAGCUGGAAAGUGGCCAUUUUGUUUCCACCCAGCCAGAUGAGAAAGCCAGUGACUAUGUGCUUGACCUCCUGAGCCAAACAGAAGAGAAGUUACUGUAUGUGAUGAAGUCCCUGGGGGAUCUAGACCAGAACGAGCUGCUCCGGAGAAUUGAAGAGGUGGAGUUCCACUCGAAGAUGGAGAGGAAGCUGCCUGCCUACAACACCAGGGUCAAAUUACCCAUGGCUCAGAAAGCAGACAUGUAUUAUGAUGAGGAGGACAGUGGGGAGGACGAUGCCGAUGUGGUGACACGCGCAGCCCUGAAGCGUCAGUCCCAGCAAAUCAUCGAAGCCAAGACGAAACGUCACGGCCGCUACAGGAAGAAGACUGGGAAGCAGUGACUCCCCCCCCACCUGGCCCAGCACCUCCCUUCUGUGUUCAAAGGGCCCCCCAAGACUGGGCCUCUCCCACAGACUGCUUUCAUACUUCACAAGACAACUCCCCCAUUCCAAUUUGAAAAACAAAUGGAAAAGAGGGAAAAGAAACAGAAAUCUUGUGAUCCUUUGAAAACUUUUUAAAAAAAUUAUUCCAGCAACAUUUCUAGGGAUUACAGAUGAGUUUAGGCAUCUGGUUCUGUGGACUAAGAGUCUCUCUAUACAAGACAUCUGGCACAUGUUCUUUGA